AGAUUGAGUACUCUUCUAAGGAAGGAAAAACAUAGUGUACAUGACAGAGUAGAGGGAACUGGAGAUAAUUGUGGAGGGCUACUGAUGGGAGCUGGAAGAGGAACAGCAGGAGUGCAUAUGGCAAGUUAGUAAAUCUUAGAGCAGGUAGGACUGUUAUUUAAGAAUAUUGGGAGAUAACAGUGGUAGUAACCAGUAUAUAAGGCCAUAGGAUAAAAAGAGGGCAGAUAGUUCUCUCAGAUAUCAGAGAGCUGAACCCUGCACUGGCAAUGCCUCACCGGAAUGUCAUCUUACCACCUGCAAUGCCCCCCAGACAUCACACCCUUGUGGUUUUACUCUGUGGGUUCCUGGCGCUGACAUUGGAUGUAGUGGCUCUGGUUAGCCCAUCUUGGGUCACCUCAGAUCAUUUCUCUCAGUCUUUGUGGGAAAUGUGUAGCUGCUUUAAGGAUGCAUGGUACUGCAGCUCUGUAUUGCAUAGCGGCUGGCAGGUCGCUGCUCUGGUUCUCGUGUUUGGUGCUACCUUAAUUCUGGGUCUCUGGUUUGUGGUGUCAGUGUUGUGGAUUUGCUAUGUGAAGCAACCACUAAGGUUCCGCAGCCUCUCACUACUCCUACUAGUAGCAGUCCUGUUACAGGUCAGCACCCUCAUGCUGUUUCCUUUGUGGUUCCUGCCAGAACCAUCCAUGCCGCGCUCCUCACAGUUUGGUUGGGGUUAUGGAGUGGGCUGGGGAUCUUGUAUCUUCAUGAUUGGAGGGAUUGUUCUCAGCUGCCUCCGAACAGAUAUCCCAGAGGUGUGAUCUUAGUGCCCAACAAGCAGCAAUUACUGGCUGAUGCCUACAUGUAAAGAUAAAUAAAGAUACAGACUUUCA